AUGGUGCUAACAGAUCUGGUGUUCAAUGAACUAUCAGCAAAAACUCUACUUUCAUCGUCAUCACCUAGCAUUAUAUCAAACUCGACAUCAAGUAUAUCUGAAUCACUGCUACGGAAAACCAGAUUUGAUGAUCGAGCAACUACCAAGACAAGUUUAGCAUUGAAAUCAUACAGAAAUAACAGUAACCCAAAAUUACCAAUAUCAACAUUAAAAGAAACUCGAAUCAAUGGAGGAGGAGGAGAUGAUGAUGGUGAUGAUGAUGAGGUACUUUUAAAAGAUAUUUUCCAAUGGAAUGAAUUGAAGACAAUAUCAGAAACUAUCAAUUCUCCUGAAUUCAUCAAUUUGCAUGGCUCGUGUUUAUUUGUCAAAUCCAAUGCAGUAUAUAUUGCCAUUAUCACCAAUCGUGGCAAUAUAGUGAUUUUUAAUUAUAGACGAGAAAUAGAUUAUAUAUUAGUGCCGACACAAAGUAAUGAUGAAACCUGUGCGAUUUCAUGUAUUGCAUUUUCGUCUGAUUGUUCCUAUUUGGCAGCGGGAUUACAAGAUGGCUCUAUCAGGCUAUGGAAUUUGAAACGGGCAACUAAGGGGAAUAGUAUUCCCAAUUUGCCAUUCUAUACCAUAUAUCCAAUUAGUCUAAAGUCGAGGUUUACCCAAAACAUUCAAGGUCAUAUCAUAAAUACCAGAAUUACGUAUAUUUCAUUUGUUGGAGAGUCGAAUUAUCAAUUAAUCACUGCUGAUGAUUGUGGAUUGGUGUUUUAUCAUAAUGGUAUUAAAAAAUUCAUGAAUUUAAUCUAUGUCACCACCAAACUUUUAGGUAAAAAUGAUGCAAAUUUGGAUGACAGUAAAUUCAAAAUUCGCUGUAUGGAAAUGUUACCUUUGGGUUCAGCACAUCAAAUAACUGAUAAAAUGGGGAUACUGGCAAUUAUGACUGAUGAUUUAUUAGUGAUUGUAUCUACAAUUUCUUUGAAUGAUGAUACUGUACUGUAUGUCAAACAGCAUUUUAAAAUAGGCAAACCAAAACUUGUCUUGCAAGAAGAAGGGCUCCCUUCGCACUGCUUAAGUUGGAUGCCCUCGAUGCAUACGAAAGCUGGAUUCACCAAUACUCGAUUGGCAUAUUGUUGGAAUAAUGUAUUGACAAUAUUGGAAUUGGAUAACAAGAGUCUUUCAGGAAGAAUGCUAGAUUUUAUUAACAAUGCUAAAGAUAGAAAUAAAGUUAUUUCAAAACUACCGUUCAAAAAAAUUGCUAGAUUGAUUGAUGAGCGAAUAAUACGUGACAUUAAAUGGCUUCAAUCUGAUGUUUUAUGUUUAUUUUUUGAUGAUGAAAUGAUAACAAUUUAUAGUAAUGGAUCAGCGUUGGUGCCAGUUGCAAGUCAAACAAUUGGUAACAUUUCUGACAUAAACUUGUCUAAACAUAGAGUUCUAUACAAUCGUGAGUCGAAAUUAUUUAUUGGCAAACUGUUAGGAUGGGCAGAUAUUCUACUAAAGAAGUUAUCACAGGGGUUAUACGCCGAAGCAUUGGCUAUUGCUGAUAGCUAUUACAACUCGAAUUCAGUAGGGAAAUUGACAGUUAUUGGAUUGCCACAAAAUCGAAAGCAACGGGCCGAAUUGAUUGAACCUUAUCUUGUUAAAAUAAUGAGAGAGGCAAUGCCGCAUUUGAUACAAUCAGAUCGUGAGUCAUACAUUACACUAUGUUUGAAUAUUAUAGCAUACAUUGCUGUACCAAAUGAUUUACUUGAAACCCUAUAUGAAAUUGUACAAGAUGAUUCGGUAUUUUUCCAGGCUUUGGAGCCCUUUAUCUUAUCAGGAUUAAUACUUUCCUUGCCACCAGUUGUCUUGAAAGCAUUAAUUCAGUAUUAUGUCAAGGGUGAGAAUCACCCCUCUACCAAUAUGGGCGAUAAUGGUGACUUGUUAACUGAGAUUAUAUGUACAUUGGAUAUAAAACUGUUGGAUAUUGAUUUGGCUAUUCAAUUAUGUAAACAGCAUGAUCUUCGUGAAUGCUUGGUUUACAUUUGGAAUUUUGUUUUGAAUGAUUACCAAACGCCAUUAAUUGAAUUCUUUGUUGAUAUAAACAAUAAUCCAUCUUCAGCAGACAAUUUUAAAAUUUACACAUAUUUAUCGUAUAUUCUAACUGGUCGUCAAUAUCCGAUAGAUAAAUUUAUUAAUAACGACAUGGCAGCAAAAAAAUCUAUUUGUGAUAUAUUGUUUACAAGCUCAACAAUUAGUUCUGUGCCAACAAGAAAUGGGAACACGAUUUUCCCUUAUUUGUACACUUUACUUAAAUUUGAUUCAUUAGAAAUGUUAUCUUGUAUUAAUGAGUUUUUCGAAGAUCUGUUUUUAAAUGAGGAUGCAAAAUUGAAUCGUCAAUAUUUGCUAGAUGCAUUAAUAGACAUUUUUGAAGCCAAUGAUGAGCAUUUUACAGAUUUUGACAAGUGUCAAUUACUGAUUUUUAUUGCUAGAAAUUAUCCCAAAUAUAGUCAAUUUUUGAGGUUAUCAGAUUCAAUAUUAUCCGAUGUUUUCAAUCGAUUAUGUGAAAAUAAAUCGGAAGCUAUUUUUCAAGAUUGUGAAUUGGCACUACAGAGUUUAUUGCCUUAUUUUGAACCAGAAGAUGAUUAUUAUGUGGAAAAGUUGGAAAUGGCAAAGUAUUAUAAUGUGUUGAUUAAUAUGUAUAAAUCGGAAGGGAUGUUUUCACAAGCGUUAAGGAUGUGGUUGAAACGGGAACAAGGGAAUAUUUCUGACCAAAGUCUUGAUAACCAAACGCCAGAAAUGGACAUCGGUGGUCGUAAUAGUAAUGAUGAUCAUGAUCAUGUCGAUCAGUUAUAUCAGUUAUUGGAAAGUUCAUUUGCAUCUAGCAAGAACCCUGGUGAUCGAUUGAAUUUGGUUAAAAUAGUUAAAGAGAAUUUUGGAAGAUUUUUGAAGUUAAAUGAUGUCUCAGAUUAUAAUACUGCCAGAUUAGCGAAUUUGAUUGAACAAUUCUCUCCUAAUUUACAUUUGGAAGUCUUGAAACUUACUGGUAGUGGUGAUGAAGGUGAUGCUAGUAAUGAGAUUGUGUUGAGUUAUUUACGCGAAGUGUUUCUAGUUUCCAAAUCAAUUGAUUUAACCCAAUUCAUUAACAGAUACAUUGAACUAUUAUUGCUAUAUAAGAAAGACAAAGAAGUUGUAAGUUUUGUUAAACAAUGGAAAGAUAAAGUUGAUUAUGAUGUGGCGAUGCAAUUAUUUGAGAACCAUAAUAUUAUUGAGCCUCAAGUGAUACUUUUGGUUGACCAAGAAAAGUUCUCAACGGCAUUGGAACUUAUUUUGAAAUAUAUUGAAGAUAAUGUUAAUGAUACAACUUUACAAGAGCAAUUUUCUAACCUUCUAGAUUUAGCAAUCGAGAUUUGUGAGAAUCCCAAAAGUCUUGUCAUUAGCAAAGUUGAAGCAGAUGAGUUGAAAUCAAACGAAAAGUUAUGGCUUGAAUUGAUUACUAGAUUGGUUGUUCUUGCUAAUUCAACCAAUACUGUCGUUGGCUCACCAUUGCACAAAUUUUUCAAUCAAUUUAUACAUGAUUGCUUUAAAAGGAUUAGUGAUCAUAAAUUGAAUAAUGAUUCGAAAUCAUUAUUUUUAAAUGUGUUCAAUAAGUUUUUGCAUCAAUUUCCUGAAAAUGACCCCACAAAGUUUGCCACGCUUGCUAAUAUCAAAGAUGUGUUACAACAAGUGUUUAUUUCAUAUUCGUACGAAAGUGAAAUUUUGAAAAUAACUAUGCGAAUGUUUAAUCGAGAUAUGUAUAAAAGCAUGAUGCUAUUGCAAGACAUCAAAUUAGCCAAAUGGGAUAUAACAACAAAGAAUUGUGCAAAUUGUGGGAAGCCCAUGUGGGGUAAACAUAUUGAUAGUGAAGAUUUGAAUCAACAUUGGUUAGCCUGGGAGCAUUGCCAAAGACAAAAACUCUGGGGUAAUGUAAAAGACGAUACCUUCCAUGAUUUGAAGUUGAUAUUCUUUUCGUGUGGACAUGGUUAUCAUUUCAAUUGUCUUGAAAGAUUGGGUGUUAAUGAUUACUGUGUUAUUUGUGGGAAGAAGUAA